CCUCUUUGAACACACACACACACACACACACACACACACAGAGAGAUCAGCAUCAAUAAUUUACUCAAGUGUCUACUCAAAAAUCAAGUUGAAGCUAUGGAUAAGCGUCAACGGGUGAAGAAGUCUACAAAUGCGAAGCAGGACACUGGAGAGGUCAGUAGUAUUGAGUGGGAGUUCAUCAACAUGACAGACCAGGAGGAGGACCUCAUCUAUCGUAUGUAUCGGCUCGUCGGUGCCAAUUGGGUUUUGAUAGCAGGGCGUAUACCAGGACGGAAAGCAGAGGAAAUAGAGAGGUUCUGGUUAAUGAGGCACGACCAGGCUUUUGCCGAGAGAAGAAACCAGAGAAACUAAGGCUGGAGAACCAGUGCUUCUUUACUUGGGUCUGAUGCAGUUUUAGGUGAUUAGUAAUUUGUGAAGUGGAUUCAGUGUGUGCUAAGAUGAUGUUUAGUCAGCAUUUACUUUUCAAGCAAAAUUCUUUUGUGUUGGUCCAUGUGGAAAGAUCUAUUCUAGUAUUGACAAUCUAUGAUUUUAUAUAUAUAUAUGAGAGCAUUAGCUAAUGAGGCAGCACAAGAACCAGUAAAAAAAUGAUUUAAAGGUAAAAUGGUUAUGGCUGCUGUAUAUGUCAAGGCAAGUGCCUUUGAUCUACCUUGCUUGGAUCUAUGUUAAUGAAUAGCAA